CAAGCAAGCGCCAUCGCUCGUCGCAAACGCGCUCUAGCGCGUCGUCAGUCGUAUCCAAGAUGGCUUCAGGCAGCGUCAACCCGGAGUUAGUGCGCGAACGAGCGGCGGCCAGUUUUAAUAUUCGCGAAUUGACACACCUCCUGGACGGCGGCAGCGAAAAGACUGAACGCAGGAAGGAACUAGAGAAACUCUUUCAUGAGGACCCAGAGUUCAGAAGCGAUGUCCCACAGUGCUACCUUACCUACUCAGAGGCAUAUGCAGAUGCACUGCAAAAAUGUCUCAAGAUUUACCAAAAGGCUAUGGUACUCUCCGAUCCAAGGGAAAUCUUGACUGUUGCUGAUGCAAUCCUGCAUGACUCAACUCCCGUGCAUGUGCAUUUUGUCAUGUUUGUUCCGGCUCUUAUGGGUCAUGCAAACGAGGAACAGCAAGCGAAGUGGCUCUCCGAUGCCCUCACCAUGAAAAUCAUCGGUUCCUACGCACAGACCGAACUCGGUCAUGGAACAUUCAUUCGUGGCCUUGAAACACGAGCCACCUACGACCCCGAACGUGAGGAGUUUGUCCUGCACACACCGAACUUGUCCUCAAUAAAAUGGUGGCCCGGAAGCUUGGGAAAGACGGCGAACCAUGCAAUAGUGCUCGCCCAGCUGUACACCAAGGGAAAGUGCUAUGGCAUUCAUCCGUUCAUGGUGCAGAUCCGUAGCAUGGAGGACCACACUCCCCUUCCAGGUAUCACGGUGGGCGAAAUUGGACCAAAGAUGGGAAUGAGGGCUGCUGACAAUGGUUUUCUGAAAUUGGACAAUGUCCGCAUUCCCAGGGAAAACAUGCUCAUGAAGAAUGCCCAGGUAACAAAAGAAGGCGACUACGUCAAACCAGCAAGCGACAAGCUCAACUAUGGCACCAUGGUGUUUGUGCGAGUGCUUCUUUUGGACAUGUUUGCCUUCAACAUUGCCCGGGCAUGUACAAUUGCCAUACGAUACAGCGCGGUGCGCAGGCAGUCUGAGAUUACACCAGGGCAGGGCGAGUGCCAGAUUCUGGACUAUCAGGCACAGCAGUACAAGCUGUUCCCUCUGUUGGGCCUGUGCCACGCCCUGCGUGGCAUGUUUGCCAACCUCAUGGAGCUUUACAAGCAGGCCAACCAAGACCUCGAACAGGGAAACCUGCAGGCACUGCCUGAGCUGCAUGCCAUCUCAUCUGGCCUGAAGGCAUUCUGCUCAGAAAUGGCAGCUAAGGGCAUCGAGACUUGCCGCCUGGCCUGUGGUGGACACGGUUUCCUCCUCAUCAGUGGCCUUCCAAGACUUUACGCUACCACAGUGGCCGCCUGCACGUACGAAGGAGAGAACACGGUCAUGUACCUCCAGCUGGCGAGGUAUCUGCUGAAGUGCUUGGCCCAGCCCCAUCUGGCUUCAAACAGAUCGGCCUUCCACUUUCUGCUUGAGCCAAGUACACUGAACGUGACUCCUUUUAAUGCCAAGCUCAAAGGGCAGGAAGCCAUCCGACAGCUCAUUCCGUUCUACCGGGCAGCUGCGUAUAAGCAUGUUCACCGAGCUCACAAAAAAGUGAGGAGCCUGGUGAGCACGGGUCUGACCCAGGAGGUAGCAUGGAACCAGAGUCAGGUCGACCUCAUCAUUGCCUCCAGGGCCACCAUAUACUACUACAUGGGCCUGAACUACCUCGACUGGCUGGAGCAUGCAGCCAUAUCUGAACAGCUCAGGGAUGUUCUGAUGAGGGUGUGCCACCUGUACCUGCUGCAUGGCAUCUACGAGCAGCCAGGCCUCUUCCUUGUGGCAGGCCUGCGGGAAGAAAACCUCGAGGAAAUGUCGGGCAUCAUCACAGAGCUGCUGAAGAGCCUGCGGCCCAACGCUGUAGCCCUGGUAGACGCCUUCGACCACCACGACAUGGUGCUGUGCAGUGCCCUCGGCUCCUACGACGGCCGAGUGUACGAGCGCAUGUACGAGAGUGCCCUCAAGGCUCCUCUCAACAAGACCCAGGUGCACGAGUCUUACCACCGAUUCCUGGGCCCUCUAAUGAAAUCGAGCCUUUGAAAGGGACUGUUCACGUUGCAAGAUGCUUUCCUCUCCCGUUCCCAUUUCUCUUGUACAUUAUGUGCAGCUCCUUCUCAAUUUUAACCUUUAGGUCAUGUGUUUUGUGACAACUCCUUGGUUCGGUUGCUGUACGCUUUUAGUAUUUUAUUUUUUUCAUGUACACUUUUUUUAAGCAAAGCAGAUCCUUAUUCUUGGUUAUUGGCAAAGGAGCAUUGCAUUUCAUAGACGUGCGUUGAAAAUGUGCUGUUGACUGAAAUUAUUUACCAUUUGCAAUCCACAGGUAUGUGCAGGAAAGUUAAACUUCCUUGCAGUCAGAGCAAGUGUGGCUGAAGUAAUCUGCAUUUAUGUGUCUAAGCCUAACAGCAAUUUUCACUUUUUACACGUUGUGUAAGUGUUUGCAAUGGCUUGAUGUGUAUGCAUACAAGGUGACAAGUUGGAUUACAGCUGAGAUUGCAUUCAUUAUAUCACAUCGGUCGAAUAACAUUUUCUUAGCUUGUUAGGCAUGUACAGCUAUGCCACAUCGUGAUUUCAACAAGCUGGGCAAAGCACACAGGAACUUGAAAUCAUGCUGGCAAAAGCUUGCAACGUGCACAUGUACCAUUGCAAUGUUAGAGUAUGCCAGAAACGUCAAGUUUCUUGUACUACACCUGUGCACUAUGCUGUGCACGGCCUAUUGAGUCUGCCUUGCUAUUGAGUGCUUUUCUUUAGUUUAUUGUAAACUGUAAAAGUAACCAGCAAGAUUUUUUUUUUGUGCCUGGGAACCAUUCAGGAGAGAGAUUGAUUGAUUGAUUAACCACAGUUGCAAGUGAAUCUCACAUUCAAACUAGCAAACACAGAAAUUGACAUUCAAAUAGCGCUGUAUGAACGUAGAAAACUAUCAUGUCGACAGCAGCGUCAAGUAACAUGCUGCCUUCUUAAAACCUCACAGUUGGUUGGUUGAAACGAAAUGUUAUUGCUGAAGCAUUAGCAGCAAGGUUCAGCCUUUGUACACGAAUCUGCUGGCCGUGUCGUAAAUGGCCGUUUGCAGACGAUUGCCUUGUCUUACACAAUUGAGACAGUCACCACUCCACCUUGUACGCAUGUACAUUCAUACUUUUGCCCCCAAGGAAUAUGAUAAGUACUUCUGACUGUUCAAGGUCUCUACUCCAGGGCUUUGUUCAUGCACAUUUUUAUUUCCUGGCCACUUUUGCUACUGUGCUAGAAACUAUCUUAGGAUAUCAGUUUUAUAAUGGAACAAAUUACUACUACCACUGUGUGAAGAAUGUGCUAUCAACAAAACAAACAGUAAAUGUUAUGCAAUCAUCGAUGGGUGAAACGUGAUAAUGCCGUGUUGUGGCCUUAGGUACACGCCUCAGUGCAGUGGAAAAUAUUUUUUUCUUUUGUGCACAGACUUAAUGUGGAGGGCACAGGGACAGCUCGGGAAGGCUGUUGGCGCUUUGCAAUUACAGAAGGUUCUCUGGGGGCCUACAUGGUCUACAGGGAAGCCUCGCUGUUCUUAGCUCUCUGUUCAGAUAUCUAUGACCCAGAAAUGCACUUGUUAGGCAUCCGCUGAUAUGAUAUGAAUCAAAAUUGUCAUAUUUGAAGGUGAAAGUGAAACAUUAGUGCCAACUAGGACUGUUAGUCACCACAAAAUGCUGAAGCAUCAUAUGGCAACACUAAAAUGAAAAAUUUUAGUUCAUUAAACGUCAUGUGGCAGGGCAUAUAACGGCAGAUUUAUCACUUCAAUUUACACAAUCACUUUUUAUGCUUGUUUUACAAAACAGCAGUAGUCUACCAUAAUGUGAAAUAUGAAACUAUUGUCACCUUUGUCACUUAGUCUUUACAUAAUUACCACUACAUCUGUUUGUGUUGCAGUGUUAACUACUGCUGUGCUUCCCUUUACCAAAGCUUAUUUCUCAAUAAAAAAAAAGGUGAGGCUUGAGGACAAGGUACACAUGGUUGUCUCCUCAGCAUUAUUUUGCCUUUUUAAGUUUCAUCUAGCUUUAUUCUAAUUGGUUCAAUGGAUGCCUAAGAAGUGCAUUUCGAGGUUUUAUACAUUUGAGUAGGAAAUGCAAGAGCUGAAGUUUAUUUAUCAAGGUCUGUGCAGAACGCAGUAAAGGUCACACACCGACACCGUCGCAUUUCAUUCACUACCAAGUGUACAUCCCAGCAAUAAAAUGUUGCCCAAACAGAACUGCCUUUCACGCUAGCUGCCACACGUGCAGGGCAUGACAGCUUUUAUACCGAGCGAUGUUUUUUUGCGACGUGUAACAUUCCAAGAGCUUCUCGUAACAUGUUUUUAUAAUACGUGCAAUUUUUAAGGUUUGUGAUACUGUAUUAUGAAUACAAAAUAAAAUGGGUAUUUUACACAACACAUUUGUGGUUGAAGUGCAUCAUUGCUUGAUGGAUCUGGCAAACAAUGCAGACAAGGGGCAUGCAUUUGUCAAACACCGAAAAAUAUUGUUUUUCUCACCUGUUAGCACGUGUGAUGCAAUUAUGUGACGUAGAAAUUUGCGUAUGUCGAGCAUGUGCGCACACAGAAAGCAGAUUCUAAUUCUAAAAUCUAAUUGGUGCCAUUAGAUUUACACAAAAUGAAAAAAGGAGGAUCAUAUGCUUGAGUUAAUGGUCAAUGACAAGUGAGAUAGGGCUAAGUAAUGCAUUUGUUUAACUGGAAUAAAAGGAUAUACUUGUUCGAUCUGAAUAAUUCUUUGUACUCGGUGCAGUAGAACGAAAUUGUGUGCUUGUUUUGCACUUGACUGCCAACCAAAUUUGCAUCUUCUUUUGAACUUUCAAUACAGUUUACGCUUGAAACUGUUAUGUCUACUAACAUACUACCUUACAUUUUGGAUGCAAGUGCUCAUAGUCGAGGGAAUUUCAACAUCUCAGUCCAAGACACAGAUACUGGCUGUUUGUACUUUAUUUUACAAUGGUACUACAACAAUAAGUAUCUCUGGGAUCACAAUCAUGUGGCAAUGACGAUCACAGAUACUACCAUGAUAAUACUUCAACAUAUAAUUACAUCACGUUCAGAGACUAGGGCCAAUAACCAUGACAAUUUUACUUCAAUUAUACAUCACGCUUGACUUGGUGAAAACAUGCUGCAUUACAUUUUUCUGUUUGUACUCCACAAAAUAACACACAUGUCAUUUGUAAGCAGCAGCUUCGUUCUAACCUAUUAACUUAUGGUCCCAUUUUCCUGGGGAAGACCCAGUCGCGAGACACUUCCUUCACCUACAUAACAUUCACUCUCCGAAGACAAAAGCAG